AUCUAUUUUCAGUGUUAUAUUUUUUCAUAUUUUACUAAUGGUGAAAAUGAGGUUAACAGUUUAUGUUUAAAUGUUGACUGACUUUCACAAUCCUGGCCUAAAUAGUCCGGCCCUCAGGACUUCUCAUCAGAGCAAAUCUGGCCCCGGACUCAUGUGAGUUUUGACAGCCCUGAUCCACUGGAUGAAACCGAUGAAACUGAUGUUGACCAGCAGAGGGCGGCAGAAGACUGAGGACAAAAACAAACCGUAGAAGAAGAAAUGCGGAAGUAAGCGCGAUGUAAACAGUUCAGCUACAAGAGGAGAAAACUGAAAUCCACCGUUUGGAUUUAAAACGUGCGGCGGUCUGGCGGUCCGUGUGCGGAAUCUCCCCGGUCAUUAUGCCGUACCUAGGCGGUGAAGACGCGGUGAGGGAGCUGCGGAGAGCUCUGUCCAACCCCAACAUCCAGUCUGACCCGCUCCGGUACAGAAACGCCAUCCUCAAGGUGAUCAGGUCGAUGUCCCAGGGCGUUGAUGUGUCCGGUCUCUUCAGUGAGAUGGUCAAAGCGUGUGCCACAGUUGACAUCGUCCAGAAGAAACUGGUCUACGUGUUCCUGUGUUCCUACGCCGCUCUGAACCCUGAGCUGUCUCUGCUGGUCAUCAACACGCUGAGGAAAGACUGUCAGGACCCCAACCCCAUGGUCCGCAGCCUGGCCCUGAGGAACAUGACCAACCUGAGGUUACCCAGCCUGGUGGAGUACGUGGAGCAGCCUCUGACAGCAGGACUCAAAGACAGAGCGGCGUGUGUGAGACGAGUCGCCGUCCUCGGCUGGGCCAAACUUCACAACCUCCAACCGAACGCUGAGAUCGAUGCCUCCGUGGUGAACGAGCUGUACAGCCUGCUGAGGGACCCGGACCCCGUGGUGAUGGUGAACUGUCUGCGAGCCCUGGAGGAGAUCCUGAAGGAGGAGGGAGGAGUCGCCAUCAACAAACCAAUCACACACCACCUCCUCAACAGGUUAAAGGAGUGCGACGUCUGGGGUCAGUGCGACGUCCUCCGAAUCCUCCAGCGCUACAAACCUCAGUCAGACGACGAGCUCUUCGACAUCCUCUCUCUGCUGGACGCCUCCUUAGUCAGCCCCCACCCCCCCGUCAUGGCCGCCACCCUCAGCCUCUUCCUCCACCUCUGCCCCGCCCUCCCCGCCGUCACUCAGGCAGCUCUGGAGCGGGUACGAGGACCCCUGCUCGCCGCCUGCGGCAGCGCGUCCAGAGAGAUGAGAUUCACGGCACUCUGCCACAUACAGUUGCUGUUGCGUUCCCUCCCUGGCCUGAUGGGGGCGCACUACAAGCGUUUCUUCUGCGGCUACGCUGAGCCGGCUUACAUCAAGCAGAGGAAGAUGCAGGUGCUGGUGGAGCUGGUGAAUGAUGAGAAUGUGGUCAUGCUACUGGACGAGCUGAAAGGAUACUGCACAGAUGUCAACGCUGACACUGCCCAGGCUGCAAUCUCUGCCAUAGGUCGGAUUGGGCGGAGCUACAGCGACAAGUGUUUGGAGAUCCUGACCGGACUGCUGGGACUCAAACAGGAUCACAUCACAUCAGCUGUGGUGCAGACGAUGCGUGACCUGGUGUGGGUGUGUCCUCAGUGCAGCGACACGGUGUGUGCGGCUCUGGAGGGCUGUGAGGAGACGCUGCAGGACGGCCAGGUCUCUACACGUAGAUCUGAUCAGGGAUCAGUCUCAGACCUGUCGGACCGCUCUGACCUCUCUCGGCUCCUCCCCCAGGGCAGGCAGGCGUUGCUGUGGCUUCUGGGUGUUUACGGCGAGAGGAUCUCUAGCGCCCCCUACACGCUGGAGGGGUUCAUCGACGGCGUGAGGAGCGAGGCGUCUCUGGGCGUGAAGAUGGAGCUGCUGACGACCGCCAUGAGGCUGUUUCUGUGCCGACCAGCGGAGACGCAGGACAUGCUGGGACGACUGCUGCAUUACUGCAUUGAGGAGGAGACGGACAUGUGCGUGCGUGACCAGGCUCUUCUUUACUACCGCCUGUUGCAUUGUGGGAUUGAAGAGACUCGAAAAGUCCUGCAGGGCCUGAGGUCAGACCCCUCUCUGGGCGUUCUGAUUGGCCGUCCCGCUGAGCCCGUCGGCCAAUGGGCUUCCACCUUCAACACCCUGGAGCCUCUGAGGCAGGUCGCCGUGGAGACGGAGCCCGCCAGCAGAGGGAGCCCUGAACACGUGAGCACGGCGCCGUCGGACCCGCUGAGCUGCAGCGCAGUCGAGGAGGUCCAGUCAGGAUCAGUUGCUGUCAUCCGGCGUGCAGACUCCUCCGCUGACGUCCCGCCCCCCCUCAGCCUGUCCCCCUCCCCGGCUCUCAGCCCAGAGGAGUUUGAGCGUCUGUGGCUGCGGCGACGAGCUCUGAAUGCUGAGCGAGGUGUGGAGAAACCGCCAGAGGAGGAUUUUGUGCGCGUGGAGGAGCGUGUCCAAUGCCCGGCGGUUCCUCUCUGUUCUCCUCAGAGCCUUCAGGCCGCCAUGCAGCUUCUCAACAUCCAGACAUUAGCCUUCACGCCGCCGAGCACGCUCCCCUGGAGGGUCUACCUGUACACGCACACGCUGCAGACGCAUGCUGACAAGACGCCACGGAGCACGCUCAUACUGGGGGAGCUGCUGUACGCCAGGGGGAACGGAGAUGGGAGGGAGGCGGAGGAAGGGGGGGGCGAAACCACGGGUGAUGAAGACGUUAAAGUGACUCUUCAGCAGCAGCCCAGAGACGAUGAAGCUCUGAGAGGGUUUCUGUCCAUCCUCACCUCUGUGCUGCACACGCUCAGUGCAGACGGGGAAUAAAGACAGGCAGACGCUGGUCAUGUGACCUGAUCAUCCCAAAACAGUCUCACUGACCUUAAGGAACCACUGAAACAGUUGUUUAGGUAGUCUCUCCUGCUCCUAAAUGUAGCCUGCAUCUGUAUGAAGCUGUAUGAGGCCGAUCCUAGGUGAACGGAUCACCGCUACACAUGGCGCCCCGUCCUGGUGCUCGCUAAUCAACGGUCUGUUCACGGCUCAGAUGUGCCAUUUGUUUAUUCUACAGCUUCAACAGCUCAGCCCUGUGAGCCGUCAUUUAACUAUCAUUUGCACUCAUGAGCCGGGGAACGUCAGCGAAGUUUCAGCGAACAACCAUCAGAUAUGUAUGGUGACACUGAAGGAGCACAGCGGCGAGUCUCUCUGUCUGCUCAUCCUCACAUCAGUGUGAUGUUUGAAAUCUGUCAGUGACAUGAAGACCCGAUAAGACAAAAUGUCCAACUUUUUAUUUAAAUCUAAUAAAUGCGCAUGAAAAGAA